CGCCCCGCGGGGCUCUCCGGGACGCGGGUGUCGCUUCUGGCCCCGCGGCGCGUCAGCUGCGCCCGGAUUGUGACAUCAGGCGCCGGCGGCUGGGAAAGCGGCUCCAUGGAGCCGGCCGGGUUCGGCUCGUCCCCCCAGGAGAGAGCCAGAAAAAGCACCUUGCGGAGACAGAACUGAGCCCCAUGCCACUACUCCUCAGGCCCGUUGUUCCAUGCGCACAGCCAAUGCCACCAGCGCCGCCCCCAGCGCCCCAUCCCGCAGGAUGUCCCAGCUGUCUUCCACCUUGAAACGCUAUGUCGACGCCCCCCGCUACUCAGACACCUCGUCGUACAGCAAGGCCUCCACCAGCUAUGGGAGCUAUUCUUCCUACUCCUCCAACCUGUCCUCCUCCUACCCGGACAAGGAGAAGAUCGGCCUCAAGCCCACCGCGCCCUCCUCCAGCUACCUUCGGACAUCGGGCACCACCGCCUCCUCCUCCUCCUUGACCUACGACAGGCGGCUGCUCCAACGCCCGGACUCCAGCACCAGGCUCAGCCCCAGCUACGGACGGAUCCCGGUGAGAACCCCGGGCAGUGGGGGACUGAGCGGAGGGGCCCCCAGCUACUCCUACGGCAACGGCCCUUCCACCAGCUACGGCGCCACACUGGGCCGCAAGAAAUCCAGCAGCCACUCGGACCUGGCGCGGGACAUCACGUCCAUGCACCUGUCGGACUCGUACCGCGCCGACCCGCCCUCUGCCCGUUCCUCGUACAUCGCCCGCAGCCGCCAGGACCUGUGCCCGCUGCAGGGGUACUACCAGUCGGAUUACGUCAAGGGCUACCUGGAGUCCUGCGGGCGCAAAGGGGGGCGUUCCCCAGGCUCCGGCCUCCACGGCUCCACCCCAGAGGUCAUCACGCCCACCCUGCGCCCCACCAGCCGCUCCUCGACUCAACCAUGGGAGCGGACAGACAGUCGGACGGACGUCUUGGCCAAGGAAGCCCAGAAUUCCAAAACCGUGCAGGGCCUGACCGGCCUCCGGAACCUCGGCAACACUUGUUUUAUGAACUCAAUCCUGCAGUGUCUAAGCAACACCAAAGAUCUCCGAGAUUACUGCUUGCAGAACCAGUACGCCCACGACCUGAACAACAAAAGCCGCAUGCAGAUGGCCCUCAUGGCUGAGUUUGCCAAGCUCAUCCAGGCACUAUGGACGUCAUCCCCCAAUGAAUCCGUGAGUCCUUCUGAAUUCAAGACACAGAUUCAAAGAUACGCACCCCGCUUUGUUGGUUACAACCAGCAAGACGCACAGGAGUUCCUGCGGUUUCUCCUUGAUGGGCUCCACAGUGAGGUGAACCGAGUGCUGGUGAGGCCCAAAGGCAACCAAGACAACCUAGACCAUCUCACCGAUGAUGAAAAGGGCAGGCAGAUGUGGAUGAAAUACCUGGCAAGAGAAGACAGCCGGAUUGGGGAUCUCUUCGUUGGGCAGCUCAAGAGUUCUCUGACAUGCAGUGAGUGUGGCUACUGCUCAACAGCCUUCGAUCCCUUCUGGGACCUGUCACUACCCAUUGCUAAGAAGAGCUACGGGGAGGUGAACUUGAUUGACUGCAUGUAUCUCUUCACCAAGGAGGACAUCCUAGACGGAGAUGAGAAACCAACCUGCUGCCGCUGCAAAGCCAGAACAAAAUGCAUGAAAAAAUUCAGCAUCCAGAGGUUCCCAAAGAUUUUAGUGUUGCACCUGAAGCGUUUCUCUGAAGCAAGGAUGCGAUCCAGCAAGCUCACCACGUUCGUUAAUUUCCCACUCAAGGACUUGGACCUGAGGGAAUUUGCAUCCCAAAACUGCAAUCAUGCUAUUUACAACCUGUACGCCGUCUCCAAUCACAGUGGGACCACAAUGGGAGGUCACUACACAGCUUACUGCAAAAACCCUGUGUCCGGAGAGUGGCAUGCCUUCAAUGACUCACGCGUGACACCGCUCUCCUCAAGCCACGUCCGGAGCAGCGACGCCUACCUGCUUUUCUACGAGCUGGCCAGCCCCUCUUCGCGCAUGUAGCUUCCACAUGCCCUCCCCCUACCACAAACCCUUGAGGAAGAAAGGAAGAGAGCCAAGCACCAGCUCUCUGAUGCAAAAAAAAAAAAGAAA